AUGCUCAAACCAUACAUGUGGGGUUACAGAGCCAAAGGCAUGAGGAUUGGACCUCCAAUUGACUGCAUGGAUGCACAAACAAUACAUGUUGGGUUACAGAUCGAAAGACAUGAAGAUUGGUACUCCUAUAGGAUGUACAUAUGGACAAACUGUACAUAUGGGGUUACAAAGGCAAAGGCAAGAGGAAUUGGCCUCCAAUCGACUGUAUGGAUGCACAAACUGUAUAUGUGGGGUUAUAGGUUGAAAGACAUGAGGAUUGAGACUCCAAUUGGAUGUACGGAUGCACAAACCGUACAUGUUGUGUUACAGAGCCAAAGGCAUGAGGAUCGUGCCUCCAAUCGGAUAGCCAUAGGCAUGAAGAUUGGGCCUCAAAUCAAAAAUAGGGAGGCACAAACUGUACAUAUGGGGGGUCACAAAUCGAAAGACAUGAGGAUUGGGAGUCCAAGCAAAUGUACGGAUGCACAAACUGUACAUGUGGGGUUACAGAGAAUGGUACGGAUGCACAAACCGUACAUGUGGGGUUACAAAGGCAAAGGGAUGAGGAUAGGGACUGAUGAAAAUCAUGUAGCCUUCCAUGGAGGUUCUCCUACUGAGGGGAAUGAGCUAGUCCUUCAUUCUAGUAUUGGAAUGCCAAGUUUACUUUGCAGGCCAAUCAAGGAAGAAAGGAUGGAUCUUGACUACCUAUGUGAUAGGGAGUUGGUUCAAGAGAGCUAUGAUCAAGGUGAUGAGAAUGUCAUUAACUUUGGGGUGCAAACCAAAGGAGAUGAAGACCUCAUGGAAAUAAGUGCUGAAGAGUAUCAAGAGAGUUUGACUCUGUGUGCUCCAUGA